UUCGGAACUAAAUUUUAAAUAUUAUAAUUUAAUCUAAAAGUAAAAUUACACAUAUAUAUACACAAAUACACCAUCGUCAUCUCUAUGGGUUCAGCAACGGCGGCACGGAUUCCGUCACCGGCUCCGGUUGAACGGCACCACGAUGACUCGGAGUGCUUCCAUCUGAAGCGACGAUUCCGAGUGGCUCCAUCUGAAGUGAUGACUCGAUCUAGUCCUGGAGCUACCGGUGUUGGCCUGAUACAUACAGCAUCUGCGGUUUCUCCGAUUCGUUACGCCACCACCACCUCCAGCGCGUAUGCUCCGUUACACCACCACUUCCCCUUCCCGUUUCAUUACUGGUCCUUCUUCUCAGAUCUGUAAACAAAACAAAAGUCAAUUAGAAAUAGCAUAAAAAGAUGAAAAGAAAGUAAACAAAGAGAGAUGUAAGAGGUAAAAAGAAAAAGAAAAGAAAGUGACGAGGAGAGAGUAGAGAACAAGAAAAGAUGAAGAGAUUGAAAAAAGGUUCAGACUGAG